AUGACAAUCAGAGGACAGGAACUCAAGCAAGUUGAGAAGUUUGUUUACUUGGGAAGUGUAGUAACAGCAGACAGGAGGCAAAUUGAAGAUAUACAAAGAAGAAAACUAGGAGCAGCAAGAGCUUUUGAGGUUCUGAGAAAAAACGAGAGUGACAUUAGCUACGACUGCAACGACAAUGACUCAGACCCAUCACCAAGGUACGACAAACAGUUUUCAAACUCCCAUGGCACCCGGUGUGCCAGAGAAAUAGUCAUGAUGCCAAAUAACAGGAAGUGUGGUGUUGGAGUCGCCUUUGGUGCACAUGUAGCAGGCGUGAGGAUGUUGGACGAUCCAGUGAGUGACGUUGUCGAAGGACUAUCUCUAGAAUGGCCAGUGGGCAAAGCAGACAUCAUCUCCUGUUCUUGGGGGCCCACUGAUGACGGCCGCAGAGUCGAAGGUCCUGGAAGGUUAGCUAACAUAGCACUGCAGAAAGUGGUGACUGAGGGACGAAAUGGCAAGGGCAUAGUGUACGUUUGGGCUGUGGGAAAUGGCGGAUCGGCAGGGGACGACUGUAACUGUGAUGAGUACACCUCCAGCAUCUACACUCUCAGUAUAAGCAGUGCUUCUGAGACUGGGCUCUUCCCUUGGUAUGGGGAGAGAUGCUCGUCCACUUUGGCAGCUGCCUACUCUUCAGGGGUGUACACAGAUCAGAAAAUAGCAACUACUGACCUGCGCAAUAGUUGCACUGACAAAUUCUCUGGGACAUCUGCGACAGCUCCUCUAGCAGCUGGGAUCUUCGCUCUGGCACUGGAAAUGAAUCCAGAACUGACGUGGAGGGACAUUCAACAUGCAGUAGUCUGGAGCUCGGAAUGGGCCCCUCUGGGGCAUAACAGUGGUUGGCUCACAAACGCAAAAGGUCUCAAGUACAACUUGCGAUUUGGGUUUGGACUCUUAAGUGCAGACAGUCUGGUUCAGACAGUCAGGAACUGGUCAGUCGUCCCACAAAAAGCUAUGUGCACAGUCGGGCUGACAUCAAGGGAAAAUGGGACUUUACAAACAGGGAAGUCUGUCGUGCUGGAGUUCAGUUCCACAGGAUGUGAGGGUACUGAAGAUGAAAUUAGGUCCCUGGAGCAUGUUCAAGUCAUCGUGAACAUCAGCUACACAAGGAGAGGAGCCUUAUCAAUCUCACUAACAAGUCCCUCAGGGACACGGACAGGCCUACUAAAUGAAAGGGCAGAUGACGACUCUCUGAAAGGUUUCCACGACUGGGCUCUGAUGUCUGUGCACACGUGGGGUGAAGAUCCCAGGGGUAUUUGGAGGCUUGAAGUCGCUGACAUGACAUCUAAAGACGAACACGGAACAAUUGGGGAGAUGAAGCUGGUCAUUCACGGCACAAAGGAGAACCAGGAAAAUGCAGCAGACAGCAAAAGAAACGAAGGAGCCAUGGCAGGAGGCCUCCUCACGGCAGAAGCUCUGAGAACCUUGCCCUGGGAGAAGUUGAUGGAACUUUUCCAGCGUCAACGGUGA